AUGGCUUCUAGACGCACGGCAUCCGUUCUCCGCAACUUGUCAUCCCACGAAGAGCGCAGCCAUGAGUCUGUCCGUAAACAGCCGGAGGCAAAGCCGGCGCAGUUCAGAAACGCGCCUAGGAUCGAUUCAAAGAAUAGCUGUGAUUCACGCCAACGGCCCCAACGACGUCCGAACGGCAUGCUACAAAACGCUCAGCGCCAGGAACCCGAGGCACGACACAGGCGACAGAGACCAGUCAUUCACGAUUCUGAGGAUCAUGAUCAUGAUAAUAGUGACAGAGAUAGCCUUAGUGACCAGCAGGCAAAGCAGCGAAGUCUAAGUGAGCGACAAGCUAUCAUGAUCACGCCUGGGCCGGCUUCUAAGAAUCUCUGGGGGCCAGCCUAUAACAGUCGGCCUAGUCACCCUACGCCCUACAAUAGCAGGCCUUCCGCCAUCACUCCGUUUGUCAGACCUCCUACUGCCGGUCUCCAGACACCCAGCCAGAGCAGGGAAAUGCCCCAGCCUAGCAGUCGACAAAACUUAUACCCUCCUCUCUACAAUGAGUGGGACAAUAACAUACCUUCUGCCGAACACCCAAUCAGGAUCGUAGGACACGAAAUUCACGCAGGCUGCGACAUUCCGCGUCCCAGCAUCGGAGAAUAUCAGAUCUGA